AUUAUUAUUUUUUCAUUUCGCAUUUGAAGACCGACCUUUCACAAAAAACACAUCCUACUGUCGUACUCUCCGUUGUAAACAAUGAAGGCAGCGUUUAAGGGCAAGUACGACAUUGACAAUAACGGCGGUGCCGCCGCCACCAUGGCCGUCAACGCCGGCGACGUCAAGCUGAGAGCUUCCAUAACAGACGCCACUUUCAUCAACGGUCCCAGCUUAACCGGUUUGGCUCUCGCCGUCGAGAAACCCGGUUCUUUUAUACUCGAUUACAACGUUCCCAAAAAGGACUUUCGGUUUCAGUUCAUGAACACUGUUAGGGUUGCGGAGAAGCCGUUGAAUUUCACUUACAUGCACAGCAGGGGCGAUAACAGGACCAUUUUGGAUGGAACGUUGGUGUUGGAUACUGCUAAUAAGGUUUCUGCUAACUACGCGUUUGAUUCGGGAAAUUGCAAGUUGAAGUAUAGUUAUGUUCAUAAGGGGUUGACCACGUUCGAGCCAUCCUAUGAUGUUGCUAAGAAUUCGUGGGAUUUUGCUGUUUCUAGGAGAGUUUAUGGUGAUGACUCGUUCAAGGCCUCUUACCAGACAUCCAGCAAGGUUUUGGGGUUUGAGUGGUCCCGGAAUUCCAAGCAGACCGGUUGCUUCAAGGUUGUAGCAUCCGUUAACUUGGCUGAGGAAAUGAAACUUCCCAAACUUAGUGCUGAGACCACAUGGAAUUUUGAGAUGUAGUUUGCUUCCUAUAUCUUGUCUCAAUUGCUCGAUAGGUUUACUAUCAAGUUUUGAUGGCUUUUGCGGACACUAUGGGGCAUACUUUAUCUUUUCAAUAUUAUAUACUUGAAAGUGAUUUGAUCAUGUUGUCAUGAGCAACUCUGUGGCUUUGAUAUUGUCCACCUACGGCUUUCAACUUGAUUUUUGAUAAUUUUCCCCCUACAUUGCAAAAACCUGUAAUUGCUUGCAUAUAAAUUGGGCACUUCUAUUCUUACAAAGUUAUUCUAUAUUCUAUAUUCCUUUUCUUUUU